AAAAAAAGAAAAGCUUAGCAAUAAAUAUUCUAAGAUAGUUAGCAUUCAGAUGGUGUUUCAUUAUCCAAUUCGCCUGCAGCACAAGCAUCUAAACCGGACAAUGAAAGGGAAUCCACCAUGAAUACUUAUUUUAGCUUGCAAGAAACCCUACAAGAAAACAGCAAACACAAGGGGGAAAAAAACCCAAGAAUUUUGGGAAAACCCUGGAAUGAUGAGCUCUAAAUGGGAAAUGGAGGAUUCUCAGUUGACAUUCUUCAAAUGCACAAGGUGGCAGCUUGAAGAAACCCUAGAUCCCAUCAACUGCCCUUUCCACUAUUUCUGCGACAGCAUCUACGCCGGCGACUACCCUCCCAUCACAGACAUUCUUGUUUUCUUUUUCGUUUCGUUUGCUUAUAUGGCUACUCUAAUCAUAAUCAUCACUUCAACUGUACUAUCAAGAAGAGAGAAUAAAGCCAAGAGGUACUUACUUCCAUCUGGUCCCAUCUUUCUUCCCGUCAUCCUCCUCAUCCUUGCAAAGGGUCAAAGGAUCAACACCCUUUUCCCAGUUUCCAGCUUCGGCCCAGCCAUUCUCCAGCUGGUUCAAGUCUCUGCACUUGUGUUCAAAAACAAGAUAGAUAAAGAAGUAAACUAUGUGUUCUUCGAAGCAUCAACUAUUUCCGGGGUUCUUCAUGCCAGCUUGUACUUAGACGCAGUGAUUCUCCCUUAUUACACCGGCUUUGAUGCUUUGAUCGCAUCUACCUUCUCCAGUGUCUGCAAGUCCUGCAUCUGCAGACAAGAAGCUUUGGUGGUCGGAGGGAAGUUUGUUGCUUACCGGGCAUGGUCAACCACAACGUUCCUCGUCGUAGGAGUUCUCUGCAUGAGAAUUAUGUGCAGGCUAUGCAGAGAUGAAGCACAGAAAAAGAGGAUCUUUCUGAUCAGAAUUACAGUGGAGGGCUUGGCUUGGGUUUCACUGAUAAGAGACGGUGUUUACCUGGCCGUCAGAUCUCCUGUUGAUGAGCUGAUGCUGUUUAGGGUUUACGUUUUCGGUUCUGUUCUUUUGUUGAUUUGUUUGCAUGUAAUUGCAAAGUUAUGUUGCUUGGUCUCUAAGAGGGAGAGACAGAGUGCAAACACACGCAUUUAACAUGUCAGGGCAAACAAAAUGUAG